AACAGCGUUUAUACAGUUACCCCCUUCAUUUAACCUUUUUAUCUGCCCAUUCGCACAAGAACCGAGCCAGAGCCCGGAAGGAGGGAAUCGGCAGUUUUCUAAACGAUUACGAAACGUGAAACGGAGGCGCCAGACAUUAAGUUGAGCGAAGAAAGAAGCGAAGGAACGUCCAGAGGCAACUCUGCGUCGCAUUUGCCCGAAGGCAUGGCACCGCAUGACAUCCGUCGUCCCUUCAAAAGGCCGGUCAUUUCCGACCAACAGAGACGGCGAGAACUCUCGCUUCUCCGGCAAGCACAAAAUCGCCGCGAUGCUCAGCACCAGGCUCGCUGCUUGGCUUCCACUGCUUUCUCUCUUGCUUCCCAAACCCUUGAAGCACCUAUUUCCGAAUCCGAACUCGGGAUUGAAGCUGUGCCCAAAUCCCAUCCGGGUAAUGAGCCUGAGAUUGAACAGGAGCCUUUGCCGAAGGACUUCGAUAUUGUUGGGGCCUCCAAGCUCAAAGGCGCAGAGGCUCGGAAAUGGUUUGCGAAGCAGCUUAUGCAUCCUGAAUGGAUGAUCGAUAUCCCUGAUGGGCUUAGUCAAGACUGGUAUGUUUUUGCUAGGCCAUCGGGUAAACGGUGCUUCGUCGUUUCCUGUAACGGAACAACGAUUAGUAGGCUAAGGAAUGGAUCUAUACUGCAUCGUUUUCCGUCUGCUCUUCCCAACGGGGCAAGGAAAAAGGAUGUCUCCGGUUCUGCUCAAUCUUAUUCUAUAUUGGACUGUAUAUUUCACGAGCUGGAUCAAACUUACUAUGUUAUUGACAUGGUCUGCUGGAGGGGCUACUCUCUUUAUGACUGCACUGCGGAAUUCAGGUUUUUUUGGUUGAAUUCCAAGCUUGCAGAGAGUGGUGCUUGUGACGCACCUUCGCAUUAUCACAAGUACAGGUUCAGUCUGGUUCCAGCAUAUGAUUGUGAUCAGAAUGGUCUGUAUGCGGCCUAUACAGAAGCAGUACCAUAUGUGAAAGACGGCCUUCUGUUUUAUAACAAUAUUGUCUUUCCUAGGCAUGCUCAUUACCAGACAGGAAUUACACCAUUAGCUUUGGUUUGGAAGGAUGAAAAAUGUAGUCAAUAUGUUAUUGACACAAAUAACGAAGGACAGGUUCCAAGCCAACAGCAGGUGGUUUUGGAGCUACAAGAAGAUGGGAAACUGAUUACAUCAGAUGAUCCUCCGACAGUAUUUGGCUGCUUGGAUGGAAGCUUUAUAGAACAGUCAGGAUUGAAAGUAGGAUGUCUACUACGAUUUGCAGUUGGAGAGGGAGGAUUGGUUUUUCUUGGUGGGAAGCUUGAGAAAGCUGAUCUACAUUAUCUUGGCAAGGCCAAUCGAGCUCGAGCUUCUGCAGAUAGUUUCUCCAAGGUUAUGUUCCAGUACAGUGUUCGGCAUUCUCCGCUGAGAGUUGAUGAUCUGCUGGCAUCUGUCAGCUUAGCAGUUGAUCAAGGAGCCAAACCUUGUGAUGUUGAGAUGGAUGGCUGAUACCUGGUAGCGACCAGUGAGAAUUGACUACAAAGAGAGAUGUGAAAUUCAUUGUGCUGCUUCUGUGACCAGGGCUUCCACAGUGGAGGAUCCUACAAAUUUGCUAGCUGCCACUUAUGUUCAGAUACGAAGGAGCAGUAGAUAUGAUUGUUAACCCAGGCGGUGGGCAGUUGCAUAUCAGCAUAUGAUGGUGAUCAGGGUUUCUUUGUUGCUGGUGUAUAUUGUCUUUGGUUUGGAUUGUACUGCUGCGGGCUUUCUAGCAAUCAUCCUACCCUAGAUACUCAAUUUAUUAUAAUAGUAAAUUGUAAAUUUUUCUGGUAUCCCCAGCCAGUUUCAGGCUUCCUCCAUCUGGCAUAAGGGUAGUAAUUUGCAACGGAGAAUAGUCUAUUACAUUUGAUUAACACGAGACUUACAAAUGGAGACAUGAUUUAAUUUU